AUGCCACGCAAGCCCAGCCGCCGUUACACUUUGCGAAGUUUGCCUUGUCUAAAGGCGACCUUCAAGUUCGUAAGCUCGACCGAGCCGUCGCCGUACCCUGUAGUUGCUGCUCGGAUUGAGUCCUCAGGUGCACAAGCGCUGUACAACAACCUGCAUGAGACGUUUUCUGAUUUCAAGGCUAAAACUGGUCGUCCACAGCUGCUAUUGCUGCAAAGCGCGACGGAGUCCGAGAAGUACUCCACCAUCGACCUGAGGGUGACUAAUGCCUUUCCAAGGUUGUUGCGACUAAAUCUAGCUCUGUGCCAGCUCGCAUCUUUACCUGUGCGAACCGAUCUUUUCAUCAACCGGGGAGAUAUCACGGAUCUGGCAAUGUCGUUCUUUACAAACCCAUUCAAUAACUACGAAAAAAUCCGGCAUGUGGCGUACGUAACGCGAGGCCGCCUGUUUGUAUGGCACGACAAAUUUCGUGAGGAUACGUUUCCUUCUGUCAGGGCCCGCAACAACUGGUACAGCGGCUACAAGUUCGAGCAGGUGUGUGCACACGAAUGGCCAGCAAAUCAUGCUGAAUGGGGUCCGCUUCCGAAGUCAGAAACCCGCCCUACUCCCGUGUUAAGUUUACUGCAGCUUUCACUCGAAAAGGACGUACAGGCAAUGUUUCUGGCCGAAUACGACGUGGCGGACACCAACAAGACUGGAUUAAGCCGGUACAUUGAGCUGAAGAGUUUCCAGCCAAACCAAAAAAAGAUUGAGCAGAUCGACUGGCAGACGCUGCCGAACGAUCAAGUUCUCAAAUUGCUCAUCGAUGACCGUGCGUGCAUGAAGUUCUUCAAAACCUGUCUGCAGUGCAAACUGGCAGGCUGCGAAAGUGUGGUGUACGGAAUUCGCACUCUCGAAGUGGGUCUUGCUGGGGUUCGAAAGUUUCAAGUGACAGAGCUAGAGUCCCGACUACGACAAUUGAAACCCGGGUUGUAUCAUGGGUGCUAUCUGAAAGCGCUGCGAAAUGUUUCGGAGCUCGUUCGCACACUGUACCAGAAAUGCGAGGAAAAUCGAUUUUAUCUGAUGACGAAGAAGAGCGCUAAGGCGCCAUUGCAAGUGCACGCGGCUUCUGACGAUGAGGUGUUGUUCCCGAAUCCCAUUGCUCCAGAACUGGACACCAUGCUUGAGACUACCGAAAAAUCGCGUAGAAUAAUUUUGCAGGAGUAUGGUCGCACUUUCGAAAGCGUUAACAAAACGGAGGGCAAGUUUUCGUUUAUCCCAGGGAAGGCGGUGGUGCAAAGUAGCGAGGGCGCGGCUGAGGAGAGCGUCCGUAAUUUAUUGGAGAAGAUGCAAAUUGAGUAG